UAAAUAACCCCACAUUUUCACCCUCAUAAAACCCAUGGAUUCCUUCAUUCCCAGACUUUUAUUUCCGCACCAGAGCACCCAAAAAUGGUGUCUGCAACUCCCGGAAGAAACCCUAACCCUACCACUAAAACCUCCAAAAAUGGGUACCAAAUUGGAGGCGUCCAGGUGGAGUUCCCGUACCACCCGUACGGUGCCCAGCUGGCAUUCAUGAGCAGGGUCAUCUCCACUCUCGAUCGAGCUCACAGAGACGGUCAUUGCCACGCAUUGCUCGAGUCUCCGACCGGAACCGGAAAAUCGCUUUCUCUUCUCUGCUCCACUCUCGCUUGGCAACAGGCUUAUAAGUCCAAGAAUCAGUUCGCCAAUCUCUUGCAUUCCAAGCCCGAUCCCAAGGCCAUGACCGAUCCGGCGGCUCACGGCGGCGGAUUUGUUCCCGAAGAGGAACCUUCAAGUGUUCAGUUAUCGGAGAAGGCAAAGACAAAGCAAUCCUUGGCAAACAAUAAGGAUGAAAAGAAAAAGGCAACACCUACCAUAUACUACGCAUCGAGGACACACUCACAAAUUUCUCAAGUGAUACGUGAGUAUCGGAAAACUUCCUACCGGGUGCCUAUGGCAGUGCUGGCCUCAAGGAAGCAUUACUGCACAAAUGCACAAGUACAUGGGAAAGAGAAUAUUGACGAAGAAUGUAAGCUGCUUUUGAAGAACCGAGAGGUUGGAUGCUUAGAAUUUAAAAAUGUAAACAAAGUCAAAGGCCAUCCAUCACUUCAGAAAGGAGGCUGCCAUGAGGCCCAUGAUAUUGAAGAUCUUGUAAAAGUUGGAAAAUCUGUGAAAGGUUGUUCAUAUUAUGCAGCACGAUCUUUGUCAGAUGAUGCAGAAUUGGUUUUUUGCCCAUAUAACUACAUCAUUAAUCCAGUAAUUCGGGGAGCAAUGGAAGUAGAUAUUAAGGGAUCCAUUGUUGUUCUCGAUGAAGCCCACAAUAUGGAAGACGUUGCUCGUGAUGCUGGUAGUGUUGAUAUUGAAGAAGACAUUUUGCACAAAUUGCAGAUAGAACUAGAGCAGCUUUGCCCAGUUGACGUUUUGGUAUACCAACCUCUAUACGAAACAAUACAGGGCCUCAUAAGUUGGAUUGAGCAAAGGAAAAAUAAGUUGGAGAAGCGUGAAUUUCAGUACUAUGUCUCUUGUUGGACUGGCGAUAAGGCUUUGAGAGAGCUCCAAGAAGCUAAUGUAUCACAGCAGUGCUUCCCAAUCUUACUUGAAUGUGCUGUGAAGGCAUUCAAAGCUGCUACAGAUACAGAAUCAGAUAUACCACAUUUAAGUGGCAUGGCUGUUGUGAUAUUGGAAGGAUUGUUCUCUUCGCUUACUUACUUUUUCUCAAGAAAUGGGUGUCAUAUGGUUGAUUUUCAGCUUGCUUUACAACGAUAUGUUAAAAGAGAUGCUGGAGCUUCUGGCGAUUGGACGCAUACCUUAAGUUUGUGGUGUUUGAAUCCUGCUGUUGUGUUUAAAGAUAUUGCUGAUCUUUCCUUGUCAGUCAUUUUAACAUCAGGGACUCUGUCACCUUUGAAUUCCUUUUCAUCUGAGCUUGGUCUUCAGUUUGGAACAACUCUGGAAGCUCCACAUGUUAUUGAUGUUGAAUCACAAGUUUGGCCCGCUGUUAUUUCUACUGGCCCAGGUAACUUACCAUUGAAUGCAAGUUAUAAGACAGCAGAUGAAUAUGCCUUCCAGGAUGCACUCGGAAAAUCCUUGGAAGAAAUUUUCAAGAUUGUUCCAGGUGGGUGUCUUGUGUUCUUCCCAAGUUAUAAGCUGAUGGGAAAACUAUGCAAGCGUUGGCAUGGAACAGGACAAUGGUCUCAGUUAAAUGAAAAAAAGAACCUUUUUGUUGAGCCAAGAGGAGGAGACCAGGAGGAAUUUGAUGCUGUUUUGAAGGGUUAUUAUGAUUCAAUUUGUAAGGGUAAUAAACCAGUUUUUGGGGCAAAGAAAAGUGCCAACAAGAUAGCAAAAAAAAGUCACUUCGCUGCGUUCAAGUGUCCACGAAAGAGUAACAUUGAUGGAGCUGCUUUUCUUGCUGUGUGCCGAGGAAAGGUUUCAGAAGGAAUUGAUUUUUCAGAUGACAAUGCUCGGGCAGUGAUAAUUGUCGGGAUUCCGUUUCCCAACAUAAAUGAUAUUCAAGUUGUCUUAAAGAAGAAGUAUAAUGAUACACAUAAGUCAUCCAAAAGCCUUUUGAGUGGGAACGAGUGGUAUUGCCAGCAAGCCUUUCGAGCUCUAAAUCAAGCUGCAGGACGUUGCAUUCGCCAUAGGUUUGAUUAUGGAGCUGUCAUCUUAGCAGAUGAACGCUAUCACAAGGAAAGAAAUACAGCAUAUGUGUCAAAGUGGCUAAAGAAAUCCAUCAGACAUUAUAACAACUUUGAUACGUCAAUGGAGGAAUUAAAAUCCUUUUUCAGUGAUGUCAAGGAAAGAGUAAGCAAGAAUAUGGUUAAUGUUUCACAGAGGUUUGAAGCUAAAGAGGAAAUUAUUCACUCUAUGGGUCAAAAUGAAGGAAUUACAAAAGUGAAAUAUCAGAAAUUAAAGAAGUUCGAUUGUUGCAAACGACCAGAGAAUUCUGAAAUGAAGCAUGAUGGCCAACUGGCAUCUCAAGGUUGUAUGGAAGCUCAGCAAUUUGUGCGAAUGGAUGUGGAUGCUGACCAUAGCAAGGAAAUAAUUGAUCUAGAUUGUUGUCCUCAGAAAAAUUUAGGGUACCCAAAGCCAUCUUUGUCCAUGGCAUUCUCUGAUGCAGAUCCAGACAUCUCCAUUGUCAAAGAAAUCCCUAAUAUGGAUGGAAUUGGUUCCGUAUACAGUCCAGGAUCCUUAAAUAAGGAUGAGAAUUCUGGUUUAACUUCAAUCACAAUUGAGGCUUCUUCUCAUGAAAUGUCAUUUCAAUCAAUAGCCUUGACCAAUAGUAGCAGAGCUUCUCCAAAUGCCCAGUGCAGCCUUGUAGCAACUCCUAAAAAGAAUGUGACUUUGAAGAUGCACAGCUCGAUACUAGAAACAGAAUCAUCUUUGAAUUUGAGUGUUAAUUCUCAUACCCAAAAGAGGAGAAAGUCAAUGUAUUCACCACUGGUCAACUUCGUUAAUGGACAGUCUGAUACUCCUGAUUCUGAAACUCCAGAUUCUACUAGUUCUGUAAAUUACUCAAUGGCUAGCAGAGAUGCGAAUCGCAAAAUUGAAUUUAGUGUUGAGACUAAUGGUUCAGAACACAAAUCUAAGUCCAAUGUUCCUCAUGUUCUCACGACUAAUAUUUGUGUUGCUUCAUCCACGUCAGCUGGUUGUGUAAUGGAUAAAAGACUACAAAUUUCUUGCUCACUCUGCAAAACCCCGUUGGGACUUCCUGAGAAUCAGCUACAUCUAACAUGCUCUUUGUCUUCUUCGUCGAAAUGUCAUUUAGAAUCUCUUGGUACGAAUGUAUUAAAGUUUCACACAGGAAAUACAUCCUCAUCAGGAAUACCUGUUAUUAUAACUGACAGUGCAUCAGUUGAUCAGAGGCUCUUGAAUUCUGAAGGUGCUACUGGACAGGGCAUAUGGUGUGAAGAGGAUGGAUGUGUUUUCAGUACCAUCUUCUGCCCCUUCUGCAGUAGCCACAACAAUUGCCUUGGUGUACGUGUCAUGGCAGCUAACAGGUCAAAUGUUCAUUUACUCAACAAGAUACUGUUUUACUUAGAUCAGUUGCAUAUUCAAAAUCUUAAAGCAUCUAGUGAUAGCGCUCCAGAAGACAAGGAUCUCUUGCCUGCAGUUGAUUCAAGUAGGGAUAAAGCCUCCAUUCUAAAUUCCUUUGAUAGAUUCUCAUACUCGCCGCAAGAGCAGAACAUGGGAGGCUGGAGGACUACAAAAUCAAAGCUUAAACUACCCAAAAGACGCCUACUUCCUGAAGCAGAGGACUAACUGCGGGAAUUGUCUUUGUAUCUGAAAUUAUUGCACAUAUCACCUCGGUCGAUGCUGUGAUGCUGAUGUAGAUCUCCCUCCUUCCUUACAUUAUAUAAAUUACCGAGGCAAUACAGGUUCUUGUAAAUCAACUGCAUUUUUCUUAAGCUAUUGUGUAGUGCAUUAACAAUUUGAGUUUGUUGCUGCCACCAGGACAAUGGGGCCGAUAACUCCACCCAUUGUAAUAUGACUAAAGGUAGCAGCAGGCAGAGCAGUUGAUGAUUUUGUUGCUGCUUGAUUUUCAUUAGUUCCGUCGAAAACUUGUCUUGCAUUUACAUGGAUAUGAUCCACCAAGUCGAUUUGGUUCUACCUACAGCAAUGGCGAGAGAGCGAAAGGGCGUGAGCAGUGGAGUAACUCAAAUGUACCGUGCAUCUACUCUCUCUUCAGCAUCUAAUGUUAAGACUAUAUCGUAAAUUACUAUGCCAAUUUAUAGACUGGUAAACAGAAGAAUUCAUUGGUAAUGAAAUGUGGAGUUUGUAGACAAUGUCGCAAACAACUAGAAGCAACGAAAAAACUACAAGAAUUCAAGAUACCCAAAAAUACAAAUACAAGCUCUUCAGAUCGGUCCCUAGUUUCUUCUAGUCCACGUAUCAGAUCAGAGAUAACUAGUAUAACAAACCUAUCAAAGUCAUCCACCAUAGGUAAGUUCACCUUCCUGCAAAGGCAAGCAUCAAAAAGAUCAACGAGAUGCCCAAGAGUGGCAAAUUCAUGACUCGUAGUUUGAGAGUUAAAGAACAAUUUAGGAGAAUCUGCUCCAUUGGUUUUGGGUUCUGUAUUCGUUUGGUUUAGGGUUUGUAAUUUGUGGGAUUUGAGUUGUGAGAAUUUAAACUCUCUUUUGUAAUCUCCGUUUGUUUAGUGAAAUUUCUCAUCAUGCCUCU